AUGGUCGGGUUUCCAGACUUCAUCUAUAAACACAUAGUCCCAGCAUGCUUCCUGGCUCCCCUCAAACCAUCCUUUGAUCUCACAGACGCUCAGACCGUCCUGGUGAGUACCUGGAACCAGAUUUUAUCAGAGACACAAUAUCCCUCUACAUCUAUGAACGGAAGUUUGACUCAUUUGACAAAACAAAACUCAAAACUUUUUCUGUAUUUCAGACGUUGUCAGAGUGUGCGCUCACGUUGAAAAUGAUUCAUCUCAAAAGGGUAAAGCUUCUCUUUUGGUUUCUUAGUCUUCACAAUGCUCGACUUGUUGAGAACUUGAUCUAACUGAAACCUUGGACCUUAUAUGGAUGACAUCAUGGUGUUUGUCAUGUCAUGUUUUGUACUUCCUGGUCUGCAGGGUCCAGAGUUCAUCCAGUACCUCCAACAGGUGUACCUGCCUUCUCUACAGGUGUCACCGGAAAUCACACAGGUACCACUGUCGCAUAAGCCAAUCAAAUCACAGCUGAAUCGAGCACACGCACACACGUUGUUCAGGAAAUGUAGCUCUUCUAGUUCUGUAACUCUCUUCCUCCUCUCACAGGAACUGUGCCAAGUGCUUCAGCAGCCAGACGUCAAGGUCCUCAAAAACUACAUUAAGGUACGUUGUCAGCUGGUUGUUGCCUUAACACCUUUAGAAACAGGUCCACUCAGUAGGCCACGUCUUGGUACUAGCAACCUAAAACUGUUUCCUCUACUCAGUAGGCCACGUCUUGGUACUAGCAACCUAAAACUGUUUCCUCCAGUCAGUAGGCCACGUCUUGGUACUAGCAACCUAAAACUGUUUCCUCUACUCAGUAGGCCACGUCUUGGUACUAGCAACCUAAAACUGUUUCCUCCACUCAGUAGGCCACGUCUUGAUACUAGCAACCUAAAACUGUUUCCUCCACUCAGUAAGCCACGUCUUGGUACUAGCAACCUAAAACUGUUUCCUCCACUCAGCAGGCCACGUCUUGGUACUAGCAACCUAAAACUGUUUCCUCCACUCAGCAGGCCACGUCUUGGUACUAGCAACCUAAAACUGUUUCCUCCACUCAGUAGGCCACGUCUUGGUACUAGCAACCUAAAACUGUUUCCUCCACUCAGCAGUCCACGUCUUGGUACUAGCAACCUAAAACUGUUUCCUCCACUCAGUAGGCCACGUCUUGGUACUAGCAACCUAAAACUGUUUCCUCCACUCUGUAGGCCACGUCUUGGUACUAGCAACCUAAAACUGUUUCCUCCACUCAGUAGGCCACGUCUUGAUACUAGCAACCUAAAACUGUUUCCUCCACUCAGUAGGCCACGUCUUGGUACUAGCAACCUAAAACUGUUUCCUCCACUCAGUAGGCCACGUCUUGGUACUAGCAACCUAAAACUGUUUCCUCCCUCAGUAGCCCACGUCUUGAUACUAGCAACCUAAAACUGUUUCCUCCACUCAGUAGGCCACGUCUUGAUACUAGCAACCUAAAACUGUUUCCUCCACUCAGUAGGCCACGUCUUGGUACUAGCAACCUAAAACUGUUUCCUCCACUCAGUAGGCCACGUCUUGGUACUAGCAACCUAAAACUGUUUCCUCCACUCAGUAGGCCACGUCUUGGUACUAGCAACCUAAAACUGUUUCCUCUACUCAGUAGGCCACGUCUUGGUACUAGCAACCUAAAACUGUUUCCUCUACUCAGUAGGCCACGUCUUGGUACUAGCAACCUAAAACUGUUUCCUCCACUCAGUACGCCACGUCUUGGUACUAG